GCGCGGGAGCGUUUCUGGCAGUGGGCGUGCCCGCCGCGCGGUCAGGUGACCCAGCUCUUCGGGGAGGGGGCGCUGGAGGCUGCGGGGAAGCCGGCGUCCCGGCCGGGCCGCCUUGGGCUGCGAAAGCCGGAUGGUUCUGAUGGCCGAGGCCUUUCACGGUGUGAACUCGCUGGUUCUCUGGGCGGCGGUGGUCGCGGCCUGUGUGCGGCUUGCAGGAGCCUCGCUCUGCCCCGCCGGCCGCCUGCCUGCAGCCCCGCCCGGCGACCUGAGAGCGGGCGGCCGCCUCUGGGAUCGGCAAGGGGGCGGAUACGCUCAGGAGUGGCUGUUGUGAGGAAUGAGUGACGUCUGAGGCGUCCUUUCUAAGUGCUGAGCGCUGUUGGGAGCGUUUUGCGGACGGAAGAGCCCCUUUGGGCUAAGGAAUGCCGCUGUGGCCCUGAGACGGAGGGUCCGGGCUGGCUGGCUGGCGGCCGCGACGCGAGCCCCGUGCGGCUUGCUUGGCCUCUGCGGAUGUUGCAAGUUCCAUACGGGGCCGGCGCACUGGUUUUAAAUGUAAUAGAAAGCAGUUCCUACCUGCCGAAGUCAGCUAGUUAGACGAGUCACCUUCUUACAGGAAGCAGGAAAUUAUCAAAAUAGAAAAACAACCGAAAUGCAGUUCAUAUGUCAGUGCUAGCGAAGGACAGUUUUUAGAGCUAGGAAACGCCAUAAAGAUUAAAGUGACUUGGCAAUGCCAGCUGGGACGGUGGCUGUGUCAUUGUGCUGGCGGAUCAGCUAUUGGUUUGCUGUCCGUAUCCAUGUUUGUGGGGUAAGUGAUUGAGUUGGAAGGAAGAAGUAACCCCUGGGAGGUGAAUAUGGAAGAAAACGGUGAAGGAGGAAAGGAACGGGGCGGGUGUUCUGGGAACAGGGACUAGAACUCAGCUGUUGGAGGGAUUCCAGGAUUGCAGAUGGUAAAGUGGAAUGAAGCCCUGGAGAGGAAGAGCGUGUUCAUAGUGAUGGGGAAGUUUGUCAUAAAUGUCCAAGUCACCUCUCUUUAAAUUUCCCAUUUCCAUAUUGCGUCUCGUGUUAGAACCGUGUGGUGGAAAAAGGGAUGCUCUGCUUGUCAAGAGACGUCGGUUCUAGUUUUGACUCUACAGUAAAACCUUGGAUUGCGAGUAACUUGUUCUGCGAGUGCUCUGCAAGACGAGCAAACACUUCUAAUAAAUUUUAACUUGACAAACGAGUGAUGUCUUGCAAUAGGAGUAGUACGUGAUGCCAAACGUCACAUGAUCACAACUGAGCCAAUGGUGGUUCUCUCUCUCUCGCUGCGGGAUUGUGGGUGAUCGUCUCCCAUGCUCAAAAGCUUGGUCUCAAGCCAUGGUGUUUGGCGGAAAUCAGUGAUUUUUCAGAACAUUGGAAGGUACCCACAACUGGCACUAGUAUAUUUUUUGUCGCUUCAAAGCACCUAUGGACAGUCCUUUGCUUUUCCAUACAAGAGUAAGCUUAGGAAUGCUUUGCUUCGUUCUAGGUCAGGCUGCCGGCAGAUAUAGACCCUUCCCUCUGCUGCCUUAUUGCCAGUUACAUUAAAUACAGUAUAUGACAAGAGUUUAUUAAUACUGUACUGUAGUCAACAUCCGUGCGAGUGUAUACAAUGGCCCCCAUGCAGAAAAAGGUUGAAAAGAAAGGCGGUAAGAAGAAGGAGAUGAUUACGGUGGAAGUUAAGAAGGAAAUCAUUGAGAAGUACGAACGAGGUAUGCGAGUGGCCGAAAUUGCAAGAUUUUAUAAGAAGUCUACGUCGACCAUUUGUACAAUAUUAAAGAAGAAAGAAGAAAUAAGGGGGCUAGAUGCAGCCAAAGGAGUCACGAGAAUAUCAAAGCAACGGCCGCGGGUUCUGGAAGAUGUAGAAAAGCUGCUUCUGGUUUGGAUAAACGAGAAGCAACUAGCAGGUGAUACUGUGACCGAGAACUUUAUCUGCGAGAAGGCAAAGGCCUUGUACACUGACCUCGUAAGUAAACUGCCAGGUACGUCAACAGAAAACGAAGAAGGCUUCAAGGCAAGCAGGGGAUGGUUUGAUAACUUUAAGAGGAGAAGUGGCAUCCAUAGUGUUGUGAGGCAUAGAGAGGCUGUGAGUUCGGACGCCUGGGAUGGGGUCACCAAGAGAACCCUCAAUUCUGCUUGGAGAAAACUGUGGCUUGAUUGCGUUCUUGGACAUGACUUAGAGGGGCUUGCUCAUGAACAGGAGCCGCCAGUUGUCGAUGAAGUUGUGUCCUUGGGGAAGACCAUGGGGCUGGAGGUGAAUGAGGACGACAUUCAAGAGCUGGUGGAGGAACGUGGCCAGGAGCUGACCACCGACGAACUGAUGGAUCUACGCCGUGAGCAACAGCAAGAGGUUAUGGAGAUCUCGUCUUCGGAGGAAGAGGAGCAAAAGGCGGAGGAAUUGCCCACUUCAGAGGAGAUUAGGAAGAUGUGUAAAAUGUGGGAAACAGUGCAAAAUUUUGUAGAAAAACAUCACCCGAAUAAGGCUGAAGCAGUGCGAGCGAUGAAUCUGUUUAACGACAAUGCAAUGUCACAUUUCCGCAAAAUCCUCAAAAGGAGGCAAAAGCAAAUGUCAUUGGAUAGGUUCCCUGUUAAAGUUGCACGAAAAGAAAAAGAUUCCAUUGAGCCAAUAGAUAGCAGUGAUUCCAUUAGCGAUAGUGAGAGUCGUCCUACACAAUAACCCUCCUCUCUCGUCUCCCUCACACCAGCCACGAAGGUUUUCAAAGAUAAAACUGAAGACUCGAAAGUAAGAAGCUUGCUUAAGAUCAUUCAUCUAAUUUUUCUUGGAGAUCACAAUUAAAGCCCAGGCUUGGUUUGUGUUCCAUUGUUUUUCCGUAUUGCCUUUCUUUUGCUGAUUAAUUUUAAAUCAUUUCCUAAACCGUAUGAAAGCUUUCCCUAUUUGCAGGGGAAAUUAUUAUAUAACUAAAGGGUUUAACCCAUAACGAAGCAUUAUUAAGUUGGGUGUUUAAUCUUUUAUAUCUUGAAUGCUUGAGAUUUAUGAUUAGCUGGAUAGUUCCCUUGCAAAUGGUCUGUCUGUGUAAAUUUACCUAAUAAAUGAAAAAUCCAGUACACCUUCCUUCAGAUGAGCUGAGAUUUACAAAGUACAUUUGAAGUAUCAUCUUUUUUUUCUUCUUCUUACUGAUUCUUCUUCAGUUUUGUCAUUCGUUAUAGAACCGCUAACAUGCAGGCCUCCAGUGCUAGGUGUGUGCACCUGAGUGAAUGGCAGAAGAACUACUUUGCAGUUACAUCUGGUGCGUGUACAGCAGGACAGAAGGCAGACGCCUACCGUGCCCAGAUACUGCGCAUUCAGUAUGCCUGGGCGAACUCUGAGAUCUCCCAGGCCUGUGCUGCCAAACUGUUCAGAAAAUAUGCGGAGAAAUAUUCUGCAAUAAUUGACUCUGACAAUGCUGAAACUGGCUUGAACAACUACGCGGAAAACAUUUUAACUUCAGCAAGAUCUCAGCAAACUGACAGUGACAAGUGGCAGUCUGGGUUGUCAAUAAGUAAUGUUUUCAAAAUGAGUAGCGUCCAGGAGAUGAUGCGAGCUGGCAGGAAGUUCAGAGACUCCGUGGUGGCACCCGCCGGCGCAUCGGCUGUGGUCCAUCCAGGGGCCGUUGCCUUCAAGCCUCAUCAGUUCAGUGUUUGUGGUGGUUCUGGGGAGAAUGAGUCCUUAAGUAACUCAGCUCAUGGUGCAGACAGGACCCAAGAUGUCCCAGAGAGCAGUCGUUUGAAGGGCCCUCAGAGUGCCCAGCCACCCCCGAUGACCAACACCCCGAAGACCUGUCCCACAUUCUCAGCACCUUUUGGUGAAUUGACCACUGCGAAAUGCCAUGACACACCAUUGUUUGGGAGUGUCAGAAAGGAAGACAGCAAGUCUCCAAAAGCCAGCACAGGACUGAAUAUGUUCUCAUCUGAUCGGUCUCGUUUACCUUCUGGCUGUGAAAAUCCAUGGGAAAGGAAAGCUUUCUAUGGUGCUGGUGCCAUUGAUGCUCUGUCCACCCCAAUACCGAAUAAUGCUUUCAGUAAAUCAGAAAAUAACGGCCAGAGAGAGGAGAGCGGCCUGCCAACCUUUAAAACUGCCAAAGAACAAUUAUGGGUAGACCAGCAAAAAAAGCACCAGCAACCCCAGCGUGCAUCAGGGUCUUCGUAUGGUGGUAUAAAAAAGUCUCUGGGAGCCAGUAGGUCCCGAGGGAUAUUUGGCAAAUUCGUCCCUCCUGUGCCUAGGCAAGACGGGGGGGACCCGAGCGGGGGUAUGCAGUGUAAGCCCGACGGUGCUGGGCCUCCAGAACCAGUGCAUCUGGUAGAUGAGCGUCUCAGGAACUUGGAGCCAAAGAUGAUUGAACUGAUUAUGAAUGAGAUUAUGGAUCGUGGGCCCCCCGUAAACUGGGAAGAUAUUGCAGGGGUAGAGUUUGCCAAAGCCACAAUCAAAGAGAUAGUUGUGUGGCCCAUGCUGAGGCCGGACAUCUUUACUGGUUUGCGAGGCCCCCCGAAAGGAAUUCUGCUCUUUGGCCCUCCUGGGACUGGCAAAACUCUGAUUGGCAAGUGCAUCGCUAGUCAGUCCGGGGCGACGUUCUUCAGCAUCUCCGCCUCCUCCUUGACCUCCAAGUGGGUGGGUGAGGGGGAGAAGAUGGUCCGUGCGUUGUUUGCUGUCGCGAGGUGUCAGCAGCCAGCUGUGAUAUUUAUUGAUGAAAUCGAUUCUCUGUUAUCUCAGAGGGCAGAUGGUGAGCAUGAGUCUUCCAGGAGGAUAAAAACCGAGUUUCUCGUUCAGUUGGACGGGGCGACCACAUCUUCUGAAGACCGUAUUCUAGUGGUGGGAGCAACCAAUCGGCCUCAAGAGAUUGAUGAGGCCGCCCGGAGAAGGUUGGUCAAGAGGCUUUACAUUCCCCUCCCAGAAGCUUCAGCCAGGAAACAGAUAGUAACGAGCCUGAUGUCCAAGGAGCAGUGUAGCCUCAGCGAGGAUGAAGUUGAGCUGGUCGUGCAGCAGUCUGACGGGUUCUCGGGUGCAGACAUGACACAGCUUUGCAGAGAGGCAUCCCUUGGCCCCAUCCGCAGCUUGCAGACAGCUGACAUCGCCACAAUCACACCAGACCAAGUUCCACCAAUAGCUUACGUUGAUUUUGAAAAUGCUUUCAGGACUGUGCGACCGAGCGUGUCUCCAAAAGACUUGGAGCUCUAUGAAAACUGGAACAAAACUUUUGGUAGUGGAAAGUAAAUGGGACGCCUUAACUUAAAAGAUGGCUUCCUCGUAGUGGUCUUCCCAUUCUGUAGCAUAGGAAACUGGGAAUUUAUUCAUUGUACUUUUGGUGUGUAUUCCAAAUUUGAUACCUCAAAUAGAAUAGCAAGAGCUCAGAUUUCACAACUGAUUGACUCAGCCUAUAUGCUAAGAGAAGCUUGGUUUUUCUCCAGUUAUGACCUGAUGCGUGUGCCUGUUCAUGCAGAACACGAAGGAACUUUUUUUGUUUUGUUUCUAAUAGGUCUUUGUUUUCAAGAUUUAUAACGUGAUGAAUAGUGAGCUCAAAUUGAAACUUUCAAAAAUAUUAUUUGUAUAUGAGGAUGUAUGUUUUAUAUACAUGUUUUAUUGGAAAAAGUUUCUUCUGAAGACCACAUAAUUCUUAGUGUUGGCUAGUGUAGUGGUUUACAUUUGAAACAACAUUGCUUAAUAAAUUUAAGAUCUCACGUAAAGCUGGAGUGAAAACACCAGUUUCUUUUCGUCUGGUUUGUAAAUCUUACUGUUUUCUUCCCUUACUGGGACUACCUAACAAAGCAUGUUCAGCGAUAGCAAAGUGUAAUCUGGUAUCAGACACACCAUAGAACUGACAGGUGAAGAAUGUUUUCCAGGGCGUGGGUAAUGUCUGUCAACAUUUUCUUUGACACUGUUUCAAGGCCUGGAGUGUUGAUUGGUCUCUUUCAAAAAUAAAUGUUUGCCUUUUUUAUAAUGGACUGUUCUGUUUUAUAAAUAAUACAUGUUCAUUGUGGAAACAUUAGAAAGUAAAGAUGAACAAAAAGAAGAAAAUAGAAACCACUGUUGUCCCGCCGCUUUGGAAACACUGUGACGUCUGAGAUUGGUUGUUUGCAGGGCUUUAUACAGGAGUGGGACGGUACUGCACGGUCCCUUGUGGAGCCUGAUCUUUAACGUGUAUCAUCGCCAUUCUCCAAGUUCACGUAUGUCUGCGGCGGCUUCCCUUAUAGGACUGCCUGGGCUUCCAUUGUACGGAGGGACUGUAAUUUAGGGCAUCCGGGACAUGAGACUGUCUUCCUUUCGUGAUUGUAAACAAGUAAAUUGAAUGCCUUAGUGGUCUUGUACUCCCUUUAUGCCAGCCACACGCCUUCACACAUGGAGCCAGAAACAUCAGAAUGUAAAAUUAGAAACUAAAAGUUAUUAAAACACUAGCAAAAAUGUGAAAAUAUUGACAGUACACAGUGUUAGUAAAGAUUUGGAAAGUACCCUGGUUGGGGAGAGGACUGCUCAGUCUAGUCUUUCUGGAGGGCAGUUUCAUCUCUGCCCCAAACUGAUUCCGCUCCUGGAUAUCUGUACUAUGCGGAUAGGUGCACUGAAACAUUUCAGUUUAGGAAACCAUAGAUAAUAAAUGCCCCUCAGUGGAGAAUUGUUAAAUCCACUCCAUGGGGUUGUACACAGAUGUAUGUACGUACCAAUAGGGCGAGAGCCCAGGACGCUGUUGUUCAGUAAAAGAAGCAGGUUGCAUAAGUGCUCAUAAUGUGUACCUGUGAGUAGAGGCAUGCGUAAAAGCCCCAGGAGGGUGUCCCCUAACGAGGGCUUCCCUCCGGGAGUGGGUGGGGCGGAGAUUUCCCAUAUCUGACUUACACUCAGUGUCGUUGCUCUGACUGUUUUCAACAAUGUACUCUUAAAAAGACUCAAAUAGUAUUUUAAAGUAUUAAACAUAGGAUUGUUAAUUAACUUUUUUUUUUUGGUGCCAGUAGGUUAGUUAGUAAGCGAUGGGGAGGCAAGGGGUAAGAAUUAAAAGCCCCCAUUAUAAAUUUCUCUUAGUAAACAUGGAUUGCAUGUGAAAAUGGGGCUGAAAAGAUAACCAAAUGGUAUAUAAAUCUUUAAAAAACAGGUUGGAAGUCCAUGUUUUGCACAUAUGUGAUUGUAUUUAGAAGUAAACCUCUCAGAAUCAGAAUCCAUAGCAAGUAGUCCUUCAUCCAACUCCAAAUUGAGCAAAACUGUCAAAAUUGCUUUAAAAAGUAGUGAGGCUCAUACAGAUUUCUUCUGCAUUUUAAGGAACCAAACCCGUUUUACAAAGGAAUCUUUGAGCAAGCAACAUAGAUGCGUGCCACUACCGCUGUGACCAUAGAAGUGGAUAAAUUCCAUUUUACCAGAGUUCAGGGUUACAGAUGAUGUUGAAUUCAUAUCUGGAAGAAACAGUCUGACCCUGUACAUGGUUCUGACUCAGUGGUACACAGCAACCCCGGAUGUGUAAGAAGCUUCUGGAAACAAUUUCACAAAAUAUAGAAAAUUGCUGUAAAACUAGGGCACGGUUGCAAUUUAAGGGAAAUGGUGCAGAUAAAUCUAUUUUAAUGGAUAAGCUUAGUAGAUGCAAAAUAAAUAUGUCAGUACUUCAUUAUUUAUUCCUUUCAACCGAUCUAAAUUAGAGUGGAAAAUGCACACAAUAUCUACUCUGCAAUUGUGCACAUAGAAAUGAAAAAAAAAUUGUUUUUCAUGAACCGUUUUAGUAUUUUGGAAAAGUUUAAUCCUGCUGUGUAAUUAAUUUCAAAGGUUCCUUCUGACUCAGUUCCACUGUGAUCUGUUGUGCACCUUUUGUGUCAGACGUAUCCCUUGGCUGCCAAGUUGCUCACCACGGAAUGGCCUUCACAGCUUCUCUUUCAAUUAAGUGAAUCUUUUUUUGAUGGAUCAUAGGGUCAGUGUUUUCAUUCAACAAAAAACAGGUUAGCGAUAUUGGGCCAAGAGAUCGGCCUGGCAUCACUGCCAGACAAAGGGGCAGUGGGUCAUGAGCCAACCCAUGUGCCCUCAAAAGGCUCAGUGGCCCUGGGUCAUCGAGCAGUGUGGUGAGCGAUGCGCAGCAUUUGUCCUGGCAGCAGGUAGGUGUAAGUAAGCGGGCUAAACUUAACCCUGAUUACUUAAGACUAAAAUCCUAGUCGAGGAAUCAAGGCAGAUAUCUGUCCUCAGAAAUAGGGAAUUCAGUAUACUGUUUAUAGGGUUAAUCUAUGUAAAAUGUAGGCACACUUUAUUAUAAUGUUCUAGAAAAAGCAGGACAUUUUUAAAAAGCAUGGAAACCAACUCCCUGGUGAUAAAUGGUGUUAUCGGCUUCAGAUAAAUGAGCUCCUCUAAGAUGAGUUAUCAGCUCCAAAUAGGAAAAACAUAAAAAACAGACAAAGUUGAAUUUUGCAUGAGAGAAAAACCCAUCACAUUUAUUAUGGUAACCGUAAAAGUAUGCACAGUCCCAGGGUCAAAGGUAAAACCACUGAAACUGACUCUUGUAUAAAACUAGAAUAUAAAAUUAUAGGUACUAGAAUUUAAGAAUCUUGGUGUUCCUUGUCUCAGUGUUCCCUGUGUUUUAUUUUUCAUAAGGAUAAUGUUUUCUAAAGAUUAUGAUAAGGAGUACAUGAGAAACAUGUUUGGAAAUAUCAGGGAUGUACUCAAUAUAUGUUAAACCAUUUUUCUUCCACUCUCCCUUUCCCCCUGUCUUCUCUUUGCUUUUAUUUAAGUAUUAUUUGAAGCUUCCUGAUUAAUAUUUGGAGAAAUAAGGUCCUUUUAAUAUCUACUAGAAUUAAGACAUUUAUUGCCAGGAAAAUGUGCGUCGGGGAAAAGCAGAGGGUGUGACUGUACAACCUUUCAGCAAACCUUAAGGAUGAAAAGCUCAGUGUGCCCAAGCACACAGGAGAACCCUUGGUGCCUCACAGACCCUCUCGAUUAAACGAGAAGGCCUCUAAGGAAGCUUCAGGGCGCUGCUUGUCGGCCAUGCUGCAGGGUCCGCAGUAGAGACGGCGAUUUUAAAAGGUCUGGGUGAGGCUCUUCUAAUGGCCUGAACUCAUGAAAUCCCCAGGAGGCCUGCAGAAUAUUUGAGAAAACUGAGUUAGCAAAAACACUGUCAGCUUAGACCAACAGGGACACAGGAAGAGAGUGAAAACUAAUGGUGUCUGUCAGGCCCCCACAGUCCUCCUGGCAGGAAACGGGCUGAUACAACUACUCACCUGCAAAUAAAUACCUUUCAGGAAAAAGGAAGGAUGGCUCUGGGCAGAACCCCAAACUCAGCAGGCAAAGCCAGGAGCCACAGGAAAUUAUUCUCAGGCCUUGAAAGUUAGGACACUCCCAACGUCUGCCUGGCUGAAUUUCAAAACGGCUCUGGGUCAGUGGCUCCUAUGCCCACUGUGUCUGCCUGUUUUGAGCGAAUGUGGAUAGCUGCUGUCCUGGGCCUGCCCGCUGUUAACUGGUCCGCAGAUCAAGAGAAGCUGUGCCUCAGGAGCUGCCCUCGAGCCAUGCCUCAGGCAGUAUCCGACCUUGACUUGACUCAGGUGAUAAGAUUUUGGACUUUGAGAUGAUGCUUGAGUGGGACGAGACGUGGAGGGGUGAGUGUAUCUUACAGGUGUCAAGGUAGAAUCACUAGGGGCCAAAGGGUGGACAUGGGUGGACAGAAGCUAGGUUGCUCCCCAGAAUCUGAUGUUCAAGGUUUCCUGUAAUCUGACCUUGAGUGUGACUCUAAUGAACAUAGCAAAAGUGAAGGGAUGUCACAUCCAUGACUGGGCCACAAAAACAUCACAGCUUCAGUUUACUCACCCUCUCUGGUUUCUCACCUGCUUAUUCUGAUGGGAGCCUGCUGCCACGUUGUGAGCUGCUCUGUGGAGAGGCCCACAUGGCAAGGACGCAGGGAGGCCUCUGCCAACAGCCAGCAAGAACUGGGGUUCCCGCCCAACAGCGCAAGAGGAAGUGAACCCAGACAAUCGUGUAAGUGAGCCUUAAAGUGAAUUGUCCCCCAGUUGAGCUGUCCAAUAAGACCUCAGCCCAAACAAACAACUUCACUGUGACCUGAGGGGCCCCUGAGCCAGAAACCCAGCUCAGCUGCACCUGGAUUCCUGACCCAUAGGAACUGAGAUAUCAAAUGUUUCCUUUUGGAAGCUGCUAAGUUUGGGGAUAAAUUGAAUGGAGAAAUAGAUAACUAAUGAGGCCAGUAAAAUCGUAUUUCUUGCACACUUGAAUUUGUGGCCUCAAAUUCAAACAUACUGUACUGUGCAGCAUUUCCCUGCUGACCAUAUGUAUUUGCCCCUAAAAGCUUGUAGUCAAAGAAAUUAUGAUUUGCUUUCACAGAUUCCAGAGUGCCUUUCUAGUAGCUACUCUUUAAAAACUCCAGGAUCCCACUCCUUGUUCAAAACUUGCCAACUCACCCACUUUUUCUUUGAUGAAAAUAACUCCUAUUUUAUUCAUUUAAAAAUCCUUUGUUUCUAAAAAUUUCAGACCACAAGAAGUUGCAAAAGUAGUCCAGAGGUCUUUUGCCUCCUCGCGCAGUUUCCCCUGUGACAUGAUACGUAACUGUAAUACGUUAUCAGCAUCACCUGCUCCUUUUUUUGCGUAGAAAAAAACGCCUGGUAGACUUAUAAGUAGGCUUCUAGCCUACAUGGAAAGUCUUUCCUUUCCUGGAACCUGUCCCCAAAUGAGGCUGCCGAUCUCUCUAGUACCUCGAGAGGGCUGAAACUCAGAGCCCGUCACAACACGGGCCUCAGUGGGAAUCCAUACUUGUCAGCACAGGGAGACUCACGUCAGCCUGACCGCCGUUGUCCAGAUAGCGCAACAGCCUCCAAGCCUAGCUGUCUCUUCGGGGGUUUUCCUUCUAUGAAGGCCUGCCUCCCCUCCCCAAACCUUGUAAACUUUUUAACCUCAAAUAAAACUAUAUGCCUUUCUGUU